UGCGAAGAUGUUUUGAGACAACGAAAUUUAAUCCGUUUCUUAAUUGUGUUUCCAAUUCAGAGUAAAUAUUUUCCGACUAUGGAGUUAGACUUGGAUUAUCACUCUCUUCAACUGUCCGAUUACCUGGCUGGAGUUCCUUUGUAUGGCGCAGUUCGCUUCUACGAGGAAAGAAGGUGAUUGAGUGUAAGGGAGACAGGGAAAGUACAUCAGCUGAUUGCCUAAUUCAUACUGGCUUGCUGGUCAACAAGCUGCUGGGUUUUGGUGGAGGCCUUGAGCUUGGUAUCCCUCCAGAUAUGCUGAGAUGGACCACAGAUCAUAUUCCUUGAGUGUGAGACUCAGCAUACACACACACACAGGCGUGGUAGACCAAUCAAGCUUUGUCACAAAUGCUGUCAUAAUACAUGGGCCAAAGAAAUUCGACGAGUUGAAAUUUCAUCAGCAUCCUGCAUGCCUAACUGUUUGAUCUAAGGAGGGGAAACAGAGAUGCACACAACUAACCUCUUACUACUGCAUUUUUGUGGUUCCACAAAUCACAAUCUAAUUGAAGUGCUAUUGCCAUUAGCCUCAUCCUUUCUACCCUGACGGUGCCCAUAGAAAACAUGUGGAUUGUAGAAAAUUUGUUCCCACCAGUAUUUUAUUUGGCCCUUCAUGUGUCAGGCUGAGGGGGUAACUUUGAAAGGGUAUUUAUGACAUCAUCUCCCUAAAAGUGAACCAACAGGUUUCCAGACAUAUAUCCAUAAUCUCCACCUGUUUUUGGUCUGCCAACAUAAACUCUAAGAUACCUUUCCUCAUUGAAUAUGCAAAGAGCAAAAGAUUAUUGAACUGUUGUUCUAUGUAGCUUUUUCCUUGUUGACUUGGGUCAUGUGGUCAGAGAAAAUAUUGGGGCUUUACAUCUUUAUGUAGUAUAAAUUAGUUGAUUGUUAGUUAUAGUAAAGAAAAUUAAUAUAUUCAAAUAGGGUAUAAUUAAUGGAUGAAUUCAGACGUACUAUCAGUAACAUUAGUAUGAUACAGAUGAUUAUGUUUAGGAUUGUACUAUUCACAUUUGUCAUGGGGUUUAUGUUUGUUUCAGCAGAAUCAAACAAAACUACAUCUUCAUCUGGAUAUAAUUCGUACUACGAACAGGUUGAGUCGUUUGAUCAUUACCUUCUAAAUGUAAGAAGUUUAUCACGUGAAUCAGAACAAUCAGGACCAAAGUAUCAACAUCACUGGCCGGAUAUAAGAUUUGGAUGGAGAAUCAUAGUUGGUUCAGUUGUAGGAUUCUUUGGAGCAGCAUGCGGCAGCGUAGGAGGAGUUGGAGGAGGUGGAAUUUACGUUCCCAUGCUUACCAUCAUCAUUGGAUUUGAUGCCAAAUCUGCAGUCCCAAUAUCUAAAUGCAUGAUAACAGGAGCAGCUUUGUCAACAGUGUAUUACAACCUUAAAAGAAGACAUCCAACUCUUGAUAUGCCAGUCAUCGACUACCACUUAACACUUCUCAUGCAACCUAUUCUCAUGCUUGGUAUAAGUGUUGGCGUCAUUCUCAGUGAAAUCUUUGCUGAUUGGAUGGUCACGAUUCUCCUUAUCAUUCUCUUCUUAGCUAUAUCAAUGUUGUCAUUCCUCAAAGGUGUAGAAACGUGGAAGAAAGAAACCAAAUUCAAGAAAGAGGAGGUUAAAAGAUGCUUGGAGUCAAAUGGUAAUGGAAAUGAAGACAAUCAUCAACAAAGUGAUCAACCAAGAAAUAGCACUCAGUCAGAAAUGAAAACCAUGGUUCCAGUUCUUCAGAAUGUCUACUGGAAGGAACUUGGACUACUUGUUUUUGUCUGGGUUGCAUUCCUUAUACUGCAGAUUUUUAAGAAUAGGAGGGAAACAUGUUCAACAUUAUACUGGGUUUUGUCCGCAUUGCAGAUCCCUGUUUCCGUGGGAGUGACACUGUAUGAGGCAGUUGGAUUAUACAGAGGAACCAAAGUGAUUGCAUCUUUAGGAACAGAUAGGGACACGAAAUGGAGGGUCUACCAGCUACUUUUGUAUGCUUUUGUUGGUUUAUUUGCGGGCACAGUUGGUGGUUUGCUCGGUCUUGGCGGUGGCUUCAUAAUGGGUCCUUUGUUUUUGCAGCUUGGAGUUCCUCCACAGGUUUCGACUGUAACAGCCACUUUUGCCAUGAUAUUCUCCUCGUCUGUGUCGGUUGUUGAAUAUUAUCUUCUCAAGCGUUUUCCAGUCCCCUAUGCUCUUUGUCUAUUCGCAGUAGCAACUCUUGCUGCACUAGUAGGACAACAUGUAGUGAGAAAGAUCAUAUCGGUAUUGGGAAGAGCUUCUAUCAUUAUCUUCAUUCUAGUCUUCACAAUCUUUACCAGUGCCAUCUUUCUAGGUGGAAUUGGAAUUGUAAAGAUGACUAGAAAUGUCAAGCAUCACGAUUACAUGGGUUUUGAGAAACUGUGCAGAUGACCAUCAUUCUAUCUCGCUUUUGUUGUAAUUGUUGCGCAAGAAAGUCCUUAUAUUUGGUCCAGUUAAUCUUUUGUACCAAAAUACAACACUUAUUCAAUUAGCAUUGAAGCCCUGGCAGUAUCACUUUAAUGUUUUUU